AUGCUGGAAAAAGUGAUCACGUUGAGUGUGGAUCAAUUGAAAUGUUUCGAUGAGUUGCGAUUGAAGCUUCAAGAUUGCCCCCUACUCGUAAUUCGCACUGACAAUGAAUUCCUAUAUAAAUUCCUCUGUCUCAUGAAUUGGGAUAUUGAGAAAACAUUCGAGCGAAUUGUAGCAUUUUACAAAUUUAGGAAAGAUAAUGCAAAGUACUUCCUCUUUGGCCCAAUUAGUCUCCUGGAAAAGAUGAUAAAGACAAAUGCUAAAUUUCUUCUCGAUAAACCUGAUAGAUAUGGACGAUGGGUCUACGUUAUAAAAGUUGCACGAUACGUGGGUGCAAAUAAUGUCUAUGAAAUAGCACAAUUGGACGAUUUGUGGUUUUCUGCAAUUAUCGAUCAUCCAAAUACGAUUAAGAAUGGCGUAUCCGUCUUAAUUGAUGCCAAAGAUGUCCCUCUGAGAUUGGUUUCAUGGAUAACACCAAAGCAUUCGAAAAUAAUGUCACAAAAAUCCGAGAUUGCACCUCUUCGUAUCACAUAUCACAUUGUGAAUUCAUCGAAAGCUCUGAAUAUUGGUGUUAAAUUGGUAUUCCCUUUUCUUUCGGCCGAUGCCAAAAAGACGAUUCACUUUCAUUACUCGGACUGGGAUUCGCUACACCAAUGGAUUGGAAAAGAAGUCCUCCCAGUGGAGUACGGAGGUGUUGUAACACAAUUGGACUAUGAAAAGCUAAGGGAAAAGAUUUAUAACAAUGAGGAUAAAAUACUCGAAAAUAUGACACAUGGCUUUGUGGAUCCUGAACCUGAGAAUUGGGAUAACAGAUGCUCGUGA